AAUCAGCGGCGAACAGGUCGCGAAGGGGGAAAGGAGGAGCCAAGAUGGCGGCGAAAGUCGGUGGCGGCGCGGGAGGCGGCGGCGGAGCCAACAAGAACGGGAUCCUGGAUAAGUGGAAAAUCGACGACAAACCCGUGAAAGUGGACAAAUGGGAUGGGUCAGCAGUGAAGAAUUCGCUGGAUGACUCUGCCAAAAAGGUCCUUUUGGAAAAGUAUAAGUACGUAGAGAACUUCUGCUUGAUUGACGGGCGCCUUAUCAUCUGCACCAUCUCCUGCCUCUUCGCCAUCGUGGCUUUAAUAUGGGACUACCUUCACCCCUUUCCGGAGUCGAAGCCGGUGCUUGCCGUCUGCGUGGUGUCGUAUUUUGUCAUGAUGGGAAUUCUGACCAUCUAUACCUCAUACAAGGAGAAGAGCAUCUUCCUGGUAGCACAUAGGAAAGACCCCACCGGAAUGGACCCCGACGACAUCUGGCAGCUGUCCUCCAGUCUGAAAAGGUUUGAUGACAAAUACAGCCUGAAGAUGACAUUCAUCAGCGGCCGGAGCAAGCAGCAGAGGGAGGCCGAGUUUACCCGAUCCAUCGCCAAGUUCUUUGACGGCAAUGGGACCUUAGUAAUGGAGACCUUUGAGCCCGAGGUCUCCAAGCUUCACGACAGCCUCCUGACGGAAAAGAAGCUGAAAUAGGCUGGCCGGGCCAUCUCCCCGCGUAGAUCAUGCUGAAGCUUUAAAAGUCAAUAAAGCAAUCAAAGCCACCA